CAGAUUUUAUCUUCAUGUGUGGGAGGAACUGAGUAGGCAAGGUAUGUUGCAAAGCAACACACCCUUGCAGGGGGUCUGGAGGCAUACUCUCCCACAAAAAUUUGGAACCCACUGAGACGUGAUUCCCAGCAUUCUGACACAUACUUGGGUAAGUUUUUUAAAGCCAGCCAUUGAUGCAAGAGUAAAUUUUAAAAUAGUUAUUUUAUGUCUUUGAUCCCAGUUCCCAAAGUAGCUGGUGAAAAAUAGUCUGACAGAUGAGCAGUUUCCACCACCUACCGACUUCAAACAACAACCCUGUGUUGCUAAAUGUUGGUUUCACGCAUGUUUUUAUCUGCCUAUUUGUUUGUAAGUCCUUCAUGAAGUGUGCCAGUGGGUUUAGGUGACUCAUAACUUUAAGCCUGUGACUCAUUGUGAGUUUAGUUUCAUUUGCAGUGAGGUGGGUUUCAAACUUAUGGAUCUUCCUCUUUGGCUGUUUUGGUUUUCUUUUUUUUUUUUUUUGGUAAAAGUUUCUUUCAAAAUGACAAUAUUCACAAAUGAAAUUAUGAACAUUGUACAAUAACUGGCUGAUAAAUACUUCCCAUAGGCAUUCAAGUGCUGUGUCUCCACAAAAGCACUUUUAUGAGCUAUAUUAAUGUGAUCAAGCUACAUUCCUAACUAAAGGCAUAUUCUGAGGGAUAACGAAGUACGUUCCAGAAAGCAGUGGAGGUCAAACACUUCCGCCCGUGACCAAUUGUGUGUACGUGAUGCGGGCCUGUCCUGUUGUAGUUUUUCCAAUAUGGUCUCCAUCUUGACUCUCAAUGAAGACUGCCUUUGCAGAAUUAUUUCCUUUUUGGAUGAUCCGUCCUCCUUUCUCAGCCUCGCUCUUACCUGCAGGAGAUUUAACCAGGUGGUUAACAACACUCGGAGCAUUCUCCAUCCAAAGGUACUACUAGCGAAAGCUGAAUAUUACAUAAAAUGCUACCUUGUGGAAAUCACCGAUGACAAGAGCGACUACCGCAAGUUUAGCAAGUUGGAAGAUCUUCUCUCCAAUGCUGUGCGUCUUACAGAAGCUAAGAAAACCCUGACUUUUGCGAAAUUGGUGAAUGUUUGGGAGAAAAUCGGACCUGUAGUCGCUAAACUGUACACGUGGAUCAGGAAUCAGGAGAGUCGUACUGAAAAUGGUGAACCAAGAGCGACUUGUGUUACCGAAUAUCAAAGUGUCACGUUGCAUUUGCCAGGCUGUGACAAGGACUUAAAGAUCGAUACCACCUACUUUUAUGACUACUACAAUAAUUACGACAACGAGUUGAGCAUCCACAUAACUUGUGGAGAUAUGGAUGUAAAAUGGGAAGAUUUCACCCACAAUUGCCCAGAUGAUUACCAGUACUGGAAAGAAGAAGAAGUUCAUGAAGCAGUUGAACCAAUGAAACCAGUGGUGAAACUCCUACAGGAAGAGCUUGGUGAUACAGUUCCUCCAAUAACAGACAUUUUCUUUAUCUGGCUGUGUUAUUUCUUUCCACACAAAAAGAACUUGGUAGUAGAACACAAACUCAGGUUUACAGACCCAUCUAGGAAUGAAAAACCCACCCCAGGCCAUGCUCAGCCAGCUAUAGAUCUGUUUCAUCAGAACUUUCAAGCUGAAACCAAGUUGAAAAGUCUAGUGUCUGGAUGGAAUGAUACUGAGUCAGACAUCUCCAGUCUGAUUGCCAAAACUGUGGUUGUCUUAAUUCAGAGAUCAGAGACAAAAUUCCUUGAAAAGCUUGAAGGGGUUGCUGAAAGCUUUUAUCGGAUUACCUCAGAUUAUGACUUAAAGUUGCUGCCUAAAAGGCUCUUGCUGGACUUGAUUUUGCGAACAAAACUUGAAUUCAGUAAUUACAGCCCUGGUUCAAUUGCAAACAAGUUUGUAGAAAGCAUAGCAUCAUUCAGGUUUUCAGAAGGUAAAGUGGUGAAAGUUUGGGGUGGUUUUCAUGGGGAUGGGAGAGGAGAAUCAUCUUGGGAUGACUUACUAGAGCUUAAAGUCACCUUACCAGAUGGCAAGGAAUUCAAGUUGGCAAGCUACAGACGUCACGCACCAUCUAUUGAAAUUGAGAAGUUGAGUCCAGUUACUGAGCUAUUUCAACAAGGUAUUUGUAAAUGUAUGGAGCAAGAGAAGCACAUCCCCAUGUUAGAUGAUCGUUUUACGGCUUUUUAUUUGUUGCAUGUCCUGAAAUUUGGUAGAGAAGAUGAAGCAUUCCUUGGAAAGAAGGAUUUUAAGAAUCUGAUCAGUACAGGAUCUAGUGAGGAAGAAUCAUCGGAGGAGAGUGAAGAAGAACAGAGUGAUGAACAAUAAACUUUUCACUCAUGUUAUA